AUGGCCUCAGCUCAAGCUUCUCUCCCCUCAAACAACCGGCAAGAGACUGCCCGGCCAUUGGCAGACUUCCCUGAAAACAUUUGGGCUGAUCAUAUCGCUCCAUUUACUCUUGACAAGCAGGAAUAUGAAAAGUGUGAAAGAGAGAUUCAAAUUCUAAAGGCAGAAGUCGCGAGCAUGGUUUUGGCAACCGGAAAAACCAUGACGGAGAGAUUCGACUUUAUAGACAAAAUAGAACGACUUGGUGUCUCGCAUCACUUUGACAUCGAAAUUGAAAACCAGCUACAAGAAUUCUUUAAUGUGUAUGCCAACUUUGGGGAGUAUUCAGCUUAUGAUUUAUCUAGCAUCUUUGACCAAUUCAUUGAUGCUAAGGGUAAGUUCAAGGAAUCCUUGUGCAAUGACACAAGGGGUUUGUUGAGUCUAUACGAAGCUAGUCAUGUUAGAACACAUGGAGACAAAAUUUUAGAAGAAGCUCUUGCUUUCACAACCACUCAUCUGACAUCGGGGGGACCCCAUCUGGAUUCUACUCUUGCAAAACAAGUGAAACAUGCCCUUGAGCAGCCGUUGCAUGAGGGCAUCCCAAGAUACGAGGCUUGGCGUUACAUCUCCAUCUAUGAGGAAGAUGAAUCUCACAAUAAAGUAUUGCUGAGGCUAGCCAAGUUGGAUUACCACUUGUUGCAGAUGUCAUAUAAAGAAGAACUUUGUGAGAUAACAAGGUGGGGAAAGGGAUUGGAGAGUGUAUCAAACUUUCCAUAUGCAAGGGACAGAUUUGUGGAAUGCUACUUCUGGGCUGUUGGAACCUUGUAUGAGCCUCAGCACUCUCUUGCUCGAAUGACUUUUGCGAAAGUAGCAGCCCUUAUUACAAUGAUUGAUGACAUCUAUGAUGCUUAUGGCACUCUUGACGAACUUCAAAUUCUCACAGACUCUGCAGAAAGGUGGGAUGGCAGUGGAGUAGAUCAACUCUCAGACUACAUCAGAGCUUCCUACGCCACACUUCUGAAAUUUAAUAAGGAGGUUGGCGAAGAUUUAGCUAAAAAGAAAAGAACCUAUGCAUUCAACAAGUACAUAGAAGAUGUACGGUACCAUGUUGUUGCUAAUUAUAAUGACCGUGUUAAUAUUCCAAGUGUUCUGUGGAAACAAUACAUGAGGACAAACUUGACUCAGUCAAGGUGGUUUCUCACGAAAGAAUUGCCAUCCUUUGCCGAUUACAUAAGCAAUGGUGCGAUCACAAUCGGAGCAUAUCUUAUAGCGUCGGCAGGCUUUUUGGACAUGGAUAGUGCCUCAGAGGAUGUUAUCAACUGGAUGUCAACUAAUCCAAAACUUAUGGUUGCUUACUCGACACAUUCCCGAUUGAUUAAUGAUUAUGGCGGUCACAAGUUCGACAAAGAAAGGGGCAGUAGCACAGCACUUGAAUGCUACAUGAAGGACCAUAAUAUAUCGGAGGAAGAGGCAGCCAAGAAGUUUCGAGAGAUGAUUGAGAAUGCUUGGAAGGUUAUGAACGAGGAAUGCUUGAGGCCUACUCCCAUUCCCAGGGAUGGUCUCAAAAUGCUUCUUAAUAUCGCACGCGUUGGCGAAACUGUUUACAAGCACCGUAUCGAUGGAUUCACUGAGCCGCAUAUCAUUAAAGACCAUAUAAGGGCAAUGCUUGUGGAUUUCAUGUCUAUUUGA